GCCCGGCCGCCAUUUUCCGAGCCGCGCCGCCGCCGCGCUCGCCCGGAGCGGGGGGGAGCGGGGGGAGAAGAAAAGCGCCGCAGCGCCCGCUCCGCCGCGCCCCGCCGCCCGCCGGGCCCGCCCCGCCGCCGCCGCCCAGCGCUCCGAGCCGGGGGUGGGGGGGGCCGCUCCCCACCCCCCACCCCCCUUCGCCCGCCCCAGCCCGGACUGCGGCCGCCGCUCUGCGCCCGCCGAGGGAGACGGGCGAGCCCAUCCCCCCUGCCGCCGGGGCGGGCCCGAGCGGGCGGGGGGGGCUCCGGGGCUGCGGCCGGGGCUGGCGGCGCCCGCCCCGGUUGCGGCGCCGCGGCUGCCCCUCGGCCGGGGCGUGUUUGCAAACUGCGCCCAUUUUGUGGGGGGCCGAGCCCGCCCGGACCGCGCUCGCCGCUCGUCACGUGGCUGCCCUCGGGAGAGGCAGUGGGAGGCAGUGGAGCUGGCCUCGGCAUCGGGAGAGGCUGGACUUCCCGUCUCUCUGUGCUGAAUGGCUGCGAUGGCGCCCGCUCUCACUGACGCAGCAGCUGAAGCUCACCACAUCCGAUUCAAGCUGGCUCCCCCGUCCUCCACCUUGUCGCCUGGCAGUGCCGAGAGCAACGGCAACGCCAACAACAUCCUCCUGGCUGCCAACGGCACCAAAAGGAAAGCCAUUGCUCCGGAGGAUUCCAGUUUAGAUUUCCGAAACAACCCUACGAAGGAAGAGCUGGGCAAGCUGCAGCCGCUAGUGGCCUCUUAUCUCUGCUCGGAUGUAACAUCUGUUUCUUCAAAAGAGCCUCUGAAGCUGCAAGGAGUCUUCAACAAGCAGACAGUCCUUAAAUCUCACUCUCUCUUAUCUCAGUCUUUCUUGAAAACAAGUGAUCUGUUGGGGAGGCAACCAGUGUUGGAAUUCACUUUGGAGAAUCUAAAAACAAUGAGUACUAAUAGCCAGCCACCUCUCCCGCAAGCGCCUGUAAAUGGCUUGGCCAAGAAAUUGGCCAAAAGUACCAAUUCAGACCAUGAAAACUCUAGUUCUCUGAAUGGUGGGAAGUGUGCUCCUCCUGCUGCUGCCCUCCAGGGUGUUGACUAUAAUGCAGGAGGUUCUGAAUUGGGGGACUUGAAGACCGGGUUGACCAAUUGCACUCUUCCACAUAGAAGCCUUGAUGCAGAGCACACAACUCCAUUUAGCAAUAAUAGCACUGCAAACAAAUCUUCUCUGAAUUCCACGGAGCAACAGCGGGUGCUCGAGGGUGGCAGCGGAGAGAUUAGGUUGCCUGGUGUUGCUAGUCACUCUGACUUUGGGAGCAGUAAGUUGGAGGAGCAGAAACCUUCUCUGCUGGCUGGUCACCACAGUGCUCUCGACUCUGAGAUGAGGACGAGGGCAUUGCUGCGACGGCAGGCAGACAUUGAGAACCGUGCCCGCAGGCUGCAGAAACGCUUGCAGGUGGUGCAGGCAAAGCAGGUGGAGAGACACAUCCAACAGCAGUUGGGUGGCUUCUUGGAGAAAACUCUGAGCAAGCUUCCAACUUUGGACCCCCUGAGGCAUCGGAGCCAGCUGAUGUUGACCAGAAAAGCAGAAGCAGCCUUGAGGAAAGCUGCAAGUGAGACAGUUACUUCAGAAGGCCUAAGCAGCUUCUUGAAGAGCGAUUCAAUAUCGGAAGAACUGGAGAGAUUCACGGCCAGUGGUAUGGCCAACUUGAGAUCCAGCGAACAAGCGUUUGACUCGGAUGUCACUGACAGCAGCUCGGGAGGAGAGUCUGACGUUGAAGAAGAGGAACUGACCAAAGCAGACCCGGAACAACCCCACGUACCGCUGAGGCGAAGGGCAGAGUGGAGAUGGGCAGCAGACCGUGCAGCCAUCGUCAGUCGCUGGAAUUGGCUCCAAGCCCACGUCUCGGACCUGGAAUACCGAAUCCGGCAGCAAACGGACAUUUACAAGCAGAUUAGAGCCAACAAGGGGCUGAUAGUUCUUGGUGAAGCAUCACCCCCUGAUCCUGCAGUGGAUGAUGCAUCCUGUCCCGUUAGUGCUGAAGUUAAGCUGGAGCCCGGGGCUGACCGGCUGAGUGUUUCGGGAUCCCAGCCACUAGAGAACGUGGGUAUUUCUGCUGCAAAUACUCCUGAGUCCCAUCCCGCCAAGCCCUGUGGAGCACCAAGACCCGUCAAUGGAGUUAUUAACACUCUUCAGCCUGGCCUGGCAGAACAUGCUCAGGGAGAUGGCCAGGAAGCUGAGGAGCUCUUGCAUAAAAAGCAACGACUGAACAUGGUUUCUUCAUCUUCGGAUGGAACGUGUGUAGCAGCUCGCACUCGCCCAGUACUGAGCUGUAAGAAGCGACGGCUUGUUCGACCUAGCAGCAUUAUGCCCCUUUCCAAAAAGGUCCAUCGUAAUAUCCUGGUGCGAUGUAGCUGUGAUGUGAACCCUUCAUGUGCUCUGUGUGGCACUCGAAGCUCAACAACUCUGGAAAUCCAGUAUGACGCCCCUUUGCUGGAGCGCCUCUCCCAGCUGGACUCAUGUAUUCAUCCUGUCCUGUCAUUCCCAGAUGAUGUGCCGACAAGCCUGCACUUCCAGAGCAUGUUGAAAUCUCAGUGGCAGAACAAACCCUAUGAGAAAAUCAAACCUCCCAAAAAGCUCUCGCUUAAGCACAGAGCCCCCAUGCCUACCAGCAGCCUGUCUGACCCUGCUCGCAAGGACCGCCACAAGCUGGUGAAUUCCUUCUUCACUGCAGCCAAGCGCUCACAUCAAAAAAUCCAACCAGACAAGGCACACAGGCCGCCUUUAGACGAUUUUACGGCCGUGUCCAAGGCCGAGAGAGCGCCAGAGCGCUCGCUUGUCCAGCCUCCUGCCUAUGACAAAAAGCGAUUGCGAGACUGCUCGUCUGAGAGGAGUGAAGUGUUGAAGCAUCAUACGGACGUCGGUGGCCCAAGCUACUUGUCAGCAGCUGCGACCCCCACACCUCACAGCCCCAUAGCACGACAACUGUCCACCUCCUCAGAAGGCUCCGCUCCUGCCAGCACGAGUUCACAGGGCACCUCCAGCACAGCCCAGCCAAGGAGGAGGAGAGGCGAAAGUUCAUUCGAUAUUAACAACAUUGUCAUCCCGAUGUCCGUUGCUGCGACGACUCGUGUGGAGAAACUGCAGUACAAGGAGAUCCUCACACCCAGCUGGCGCGAAGUGGAUAUCAGCGCUCUGAAAGCGAACCCUGAUGAAGACAACGAGGAGAUCGAGGACUUGUCGGAUUCGGCCUUCGCUGCUCGGCACGGCAAGUGUGAAGAGAUGGAGCGGGCCCGGUGGCUGUGGAGCACGAGCAUGCCCCCGCAGCGGCGGGGCAGCAGGUCUUACAGAUCAACAGAUGGACGGACGACCCCCCAGCUGGGGAACCCCUCCACUCCCCAGCCGGCAUCCCCUGACGUGGGCAACUGCCACUCCCACUCGGAGCUGUCCCACACCCACUCACCGCGCAGCCCCAUCAGCCCCGAACUGCUCUCUGCCCCCCUCACCCCCCUCUCUCGUGACUCCAUGCGGCUUCUGUCCAGCGAGGACACCCGUUGCUCCACGCCUGAGGCUGGCUUUGAUGAGCAGGCUGUGCAGCCCUGGGAGCGACGCACCUUCCCACUCUCGUACGAUCCCAGGACAGAGUGCGAGGACCAAUCUGACCCCCAAGACCGGUUGUCACGCUGCACCCGGCGCACGUCGGGCAGUAAAUCCUCCCGGGAGACCGAUGGCACUUCUGCUUUGCCCAACCUGGCCAGCCUCAAGAGCCGAACCCCCCUGGUGACACCCUCCUCCUCCUCUUCCUCCGCAGCAGUUCAGCGGCCAGCGCACAGAUAGAGACAUACGGGAAGACAUGAGCAAAACCAACACACAGAACUAACUCUUGGCAUUAAAGCUUCCAAAAUCUGCGUUUGAUAUUCAAACAUCCUGCUGGGAAUUUUCACAGUUUUUAGUGAAUUUAAGGAGUUUAGAAACUGUUUUUUGUUUUCUUUUUUUUUUUUGGUUUAUUUUUUUUUUUCUUCUCCAUGUUUCCUUGUCACAUGAAUGAGAGCCCCCAGAUUCCUCCCAGUGGAGUGAAGCCUCGGGAGGGGAGCAGCCCACCAGACCCCCCUCCCUCUUUCCUCCCCUCCCUUCUUAGGUGUAUAAAACUAGAGCACAGGAUUUAGCUGACUAGCAGACUUCGGGGAUAGUUUUUCUCAAGCAAAAGGGUGUCUUUUUCUCUUAACCUGCUACCCCCUUCCCCUCCCUGAAAGGUUUUAGUGGAGUGAAAUUAGUGGUGAAAAGUGAUGUCUUGGGAUUGCAGCCUUCACUAGCUGUCUGUCUGUCCUCACAUGCAGAGUGCCCACCCUGCACUUCCGCCCUCAGGCGUUUUCCUCCCCUAGGUUGUAGUUCCAGGUAUCCCGAGGGGUGACUCUGCCCCUCCCCGAUCUCCCCUCUGCCCCCAAGGCCGCCCGCCUCCACCGCCUCCUUCCUUCUCCCCUGGUUUGGGAGCAGCCGUUGGCUGUGCCCCGUCCGUCGGGGCAAAAGGAAGGACCCUUUUAGCCGCUUCACGCACAGCUCCGUGUGGGAGGAGUGGGAUUUCGGAAGCAGCCUUGUCCACACCUUGCCUGUUUCUCCAGGGUCGAAGGCGGGGAGGGGAGUCCCCAGCCCGGUGCGGUCGGACGCUUCGAGCAGGAGCAGAAGUCACCAUCCCUUCGGGGAUGUGGCUGUUGGCCGAGGCCGGCGGCAGCUUUCAGCUGGGAAAUGCGGGUCUGCGACCGGCACUUGAGCUCUGCCCUCGCGUCCCCCCGUAGGGUUGGGGAGUUGGGGUGAGGGCAGCUCUGGGCCGCAGCACCAAGGAGCCGCCAAGAGCGGUGGGCGGCAGAGGGAGCAUCCCGUGCCCAGAGCGGGACGUGGCAGGUCCAGGGGGCUCGGCUGAGGCGCCGGGGUGGUCCCCGUAGGUUUGGUCUUAGAAAAAGGGGAAAUGCGAGAGGGAAGGAGGGUGGGUGUGGGGCGCUGGGGGGGUCGGGAUCUGUCACCACUGCUUCGCUCCACUCCCACGCACGGUCCGAGAACGGGUGUCAAUUCUGUUUCAUUUCCCAGUCAUUGGUCCGACGUGCUGCCUCCUGACAGGUAUUUUAUUUUGAAACCGAGUUCGCUGUUGUUCCUCCCCCACCCCGGUCCUUCCGCACCCGCAGUGACUCCCGGAUCCCGCACACCGUUCCCAUCUGUAACGCUUUCUGAUCCCAACGGUGUGGCUAUUGGUCCCUGUCCUGUUGCUAGCAUUGUGCCUGUCUUAUGUAUAAUCACAUCACCAAAAAAAAAAGGAAAAAAAAAUACAAAGGACAUAUUUUUUUUUUUCCAUUUUGUAAUCGUAAAGAAAUAGUAGCUAAACUGCUUAAUGGUUGGGGUUUUCACAAUUUUCAACAUUAUCUAGUAGUUUUGGUUCUGUUCUAGUUUAAAGGAUUUGUCAUCGUUUCUUUAAAAAAAACCAACAAUGCUACCAUAUCCCUCUGCAUAAGUGCUUUUCUAUUUAUAAGGUUGAAAAUUCUGAAUAACCCUUUUAGCAUUAUAAAAACCACAAAAAAAAAAAACCACCUUGUAUUUUGUAAAUAUUUUCUUUUCCUGCUUUGAGCUGUGUAAUGUCCUUGUUAUAUAGAAAUGCUUUUCUUCCGAGAAGCUGAUCUUUGUUAAUGUCUUGAUUCUGUUGGCAAAGCACAAAUGUGCUUAUAAAAAAAAAAAAGAAGAAAAGAUUAAAAAAAAAAAUUAAAACA